UUGACCUCAAAAUCUUCAUCAUCCUCUUGCUAAACCACCCUCUCCCUUCUCCCCUCUUUGAAGUACUGUAGGAUAAGGGGAAAAAAAAAAUGCUGGGGAAGAAAAUGGUAUCUUUCAAGAAGCUAACCAAGAAGGUAAAGGCUAUGGGUGGAGUUGAUCAGGAGCCAUCACAUCAUGAAUGCUUGCUCCAGGAAUUUGAGGAAGGUUCCCCUUCUUCCACAACGCCAACAGGCUUCUUCGCGGUGUAUGUAGGGGACGAGCGCCAAAGGUUCGUGGUUCCGACCGGCUUUCUCUCGCACCCACUUUUCAAGAUGCUGUUGGAGAAGUCAUGCAACGAGUUUGGGUUCGAGCAAAGCACUGGUUUGGUGGUUCCAUGCAGUGUCUCUACUUUUCAAGAGGUUUUAAACGCUGUAGAAUGCAGUAACGGGAAGUUUGACUUCGGGAAACUAGUUGAGGAAUUUGUUUAGAUUGUAGAAGAUAGAUAGCACAUAUAUAUAUAGAACCAGUACGUACU